AUAAACCUUUGUGUAUUCACGUUUAUGAUUAUACAAAAGAAUUCUUCUGGAAGUGCAGACGUAUAUUAUACGAUUGUCUUUUUUCUAAUCUAUUAAGGAUUUAGUUUUACUAUGACUUUGCCUGACAAUUGCGAAUCCAUGAUGCAAAACGAAAAAAGGAAUGCAAACACGGGACGGAUGCUCAAAGAUGUUCUUAUCCAGGCCGAAGUGGAUGGUCGGACAACAUUUGGCAUUUAUGAAUGUGCUCAGCUUCUGAAUACAAAUCCGGAUGAUGUAACACUGUGUGUCCUUCCUACUGGAUUCAACAAUGACGUCACGGUGCAUAUUCAUCACACUUUAAUGGAAGCUUUCUGUUUGGAAAACGAUAUAAAACUGUUAAAGGUUGACAGUUUAGGGAAACUGGAAAGCAUCUUUUCCGGAAAAGAGAGCUCCAACACGAAUGUUAUUGACUGCAGUUGUGUUUUAGUCACCGCUCCUGAACAGACUGACCAUGUCUAUAAUGAUCUUAUGGAUGUUGCUGAUGGACCAGUUGUAGAAAUGCCUGUCUGAUCACAGAACCACUUCAUCUUUUAUUUACACCAGAGAAAGCCCAUUUUCUGGUCAAACUCAAGGAAACAUUAAUAUCUCGUUGGAAGUAACAAAUCCAGGAGGAGAACAACAGGACGCAUGGUGACCUGGAGGAAGCCGAGUAAAUGGACAUAAGCUUCAGAUCCUCCAAAAGUCCCCCAAAAUAGUGCUUACCAGUCAAUCCAUCGAGAACACUUCCGAAUAAUUCUUACCAGAAUGCAGCCCCAUGCAGAGGGGUCAAAGUGUAAAAACUGUUACAAUGGACAUCGUUAUUUCCUAAAAUUUUGUUGAUUAUUUAAUGUGUUAUGUUUAUUAUGUUAAAUUUCAAUAAAAUAUAUAUCAUUUAAAAAGAUA